UAUCUUUAUGAGCCCCUCAAGAGCACAAAAGAGAUCAGGCUGCUCACAUUGUUCCCUGGCGCUUUUCUUGAUCCAAUACGAACCUCGUUGUCUACUUUUGAUAUCGAGGCUGGAACCCCACACUACGAAGCUUUGACAUACACUUGGGGGGAUCCAUCUUUGAGGCAUGUAAUUUCGCUCCAUGGCCAUGAAUUUGAGAUAACCGCUUCACUGUACGAGGCCUUAAAACACCUUCGUUUGAUCGACAAGAAACGAAUCAUAUGGGUCGACGCUAUCUGCAUCAACAUGAACAACCUCGCAGAACAUAGUAAUCAGGUUAUGAUGAUGAGAGACAUAUAUCCUCGCGCAUUACGCGUCCUCGUGUGGCUCGGUAUUGCAAGCGAGAAC